CACGGACUCUUUUGUGUUGCAUUCCAGACCUCGCUUCGACACUUGUUCCAGCUCCGCGGAGGACGUCGGGCCUUCGAGCUGCCCCGCUGGCCGAGCGCCCGAGUUUCCCAAGAUGGCUGGGCGUAAACUUGCUCUAAAAACCAUUGACUGGGUAUCUUUUGUGGAGAUCAUGCCCCAAAACCAGAAGGCAAUUGGAAAUGCCCUGAAGACCUGGAAUGAGACCUUCCACACCAGGUUGGCUAGUCUGCCUGAGAAGCCACCUGCGAUUGACUGGGCUUACUACAAGGCCAAUGUGGCCAAGCCUGGCUUGGUGGAUGAUUUUGAAAAGAAGUAUAAUGCCCUGAAGAUUCCUGUGCCUGAGGAUAAAUACACAGCCCUGGUGGACCAGGAGGAGAAGGAGGAUGUGAAGAACUGUGCUGAGUUUGUGUCUGGCUCUCAGCUCAGGAUCCAGGAGUACGAGAAGCAGUUGGAGAAAAUGAGGAACAUAAUUCCCUUUGACCAGAUGACCAUUGAUGACUUGAAUGAGAUCUUCCCAGAAACCAAGCUGGACAAGAAGAAGUACCCGUACUGGCCCCACCAGCCCAUCGAGAACUUAUGAAGCAGCCUGGGAUGGAGCCCUGGCUGGCAUGAAAUAAAACAUUUAAAUAGUGCUGGC